AGAGAGAGGGAAGGAAGAAUAGAUCAGUGAAUUAGAGGGAGGGGUGAGUGGGAGAGAGGGAGGGAGGGAGAGAGGGAGGCUGCAGAUAUCGAUGGCUUUAACAAUGGAGCGGUAGGAACCCGUGAGGUGAUAGUCAGCCAUAUAAAGGCUGGGGGCAGAGAUAUUUGAGGAGGGGAGCUCCUCCUCGGUGAGCUCUGGGGGAGGAGGAGGAGGAGGAGGCAGGAGGAGGAGGAUGGGCCUCGAACACAGACUCGCAAUGGCACUGCAAAAAUUGGAUUAAAGCAGUAUGCUGGACAAGAGCGAGGUGGCAACUCUUGGCCUACCCUCCACCACCAGCCAUGGAGGCUCCGACAGUAACAUCAGUGCGGACGCAGCGCCAGCCACAGCAUCGACAGCAGCAUCAUCAUCAGCAGCAUCAGCAUCAGCAGCAUCAUCAGCAGCAGCAGCAACAGUGUCGUCCGGGGUCAUGGCCUGCGGGGGUGCAGAGGGUUUUGGGGUUGGCGAGCCACAGCGGACACGUGCUGCCCUGGAGCAUCUGCAGCAGAAGGUCCUAAAGGUCACCGAGCAGAUUCGCGUAGAGCAGGAGGCCCGCGACGACAACGUCGCCGAGUACCUGAAGUUGGCCCACAACGCGGACAAGCAGCAAGCGUCCCGGAUCAAGCAGGUGUUUGAGAAGAAGAACCAGAAGUCUGCGCAGACCAUCGCACACUUGCACAAGAAGCUAGAGCACUACCACAAAAAACUAAAGGAGAUAGAGCAGAAUGGGCCGGCCCGGCAGCCUAAAGAUGUCCUGCGGGACAUGCAGCAGGGAUUGAAGGACGUCGGCGCUAAUGUUCGCGCCGGCAUAAGCGGCUUCGGGGGUGGAGUGGUCGAAGGGGUCAAAGGUGGAGUGACGGCCCUCACUCACAAGGCCGUGGUCUCCAAGCCAAGGGAGUUUGCCAGUCUCAUCAGGAACAAGUUCGGCAGCGCAGACAACAUCGCUCACCUGAAGGACUCGCUGGAGGACGGAGUCAGGGGCCACUCCGAGGACACCCUGACACCUCGCGCGCUCAGCGGAAGUGCCACUCUGGUCUCCAGCCCAAAGUACGGCAGCGACGACGAGUGCUCCAGCGCCACGUCCGGCUCCGCGGCGGGCAGUAAUUCAGGUGGUGCAGGGGGAGGAGGAGGAGGAGGAGGACUGUUAGGACCGACCAUGGGCAGCCCCAGGCUGGACGGACACCACCACCACCACCAUCACAUGCACAGCUCCUGGGACUCUCUGCUGGAGGGGCUGCAGGAGAUCAAAGCCAGUCAGUCGCACAUGGAGGACGCCAUGGAGGAUAUGAAGGGUCAGCUGCAGAGCGACUACGCCUACAUGACACAGUGCCUGCAAGAAGAAAGAUACAGGUACGAGCGACUUGAAGAACAACUGAAUGACUUGACGGAGCUCCACCAGAAUGAGAUGACCAACCUGAAACAGGAGCUCGCCAGCAUGGAGGAAAAGGUCGCCUACCAGUCCUACGAGAGAGCCAGAGACAUUCAGGAGGCCGUGGAGUCGUGCCUGACUCGCAUCACCAAGCUGGAGCUGCAGCAGCAGCAGCAGCAGGUCGUCCAGUUGGAGGGGGUGGAGAACGCCAACGCGCGAGCUCUGCUGGGAAAACUCAUCAACGUCAUCCUGGCGCUGAUGGCCGUGCUGCUGGUGUUCGUGUCCACCUUGGCCAACUUCAUCACGCCGCUGAUGAAGACCCGGGGCCGGGUGGCCUCCACCGUCCUGCUGACCCUGCUGCUGUUCGUCCUGUGGAAGCAGUGGGACUUUGUGGAGCCGUGGCUGCAGCCCAGCUGAAGUUCCCCUGGAGUGACUGAAAUAGAAUGAGGGGCCCCGCUGCGCUGAUGAAGAAACAUGGCACUUUUGGAUGGAUUUGGACAGGGUUGCUCCUGCAGGGAGUUCCCAUGGCUGUUUACAGUGAGAAGGAUUAACAACAAGAAAAACUCUCUGCUUGCCAGUUAGGAGACGGAGGACAUCAUCUUAUCUCGUCCACGUCUGCUGGUGUUGAUGACCAAUCAUCGAUUACGUUGCUGUCACCAAAAACUGAGUUCCUCUCAAGGAAUCUUUGGAUCGCCUUUUUCUAAAUAUUUAUGAAACAUGGAUUAAAAGGACUAGAGCAACUUAAUAAUUAAAAAUGCUGAUCAUGUUUGCCUUCAUGUUGAAGCUAUAUUAUAUUUGAGAGGAAAACGUUUUUUCAUGAAUGUUAUUGCUCAUGCAUGUUGUCAUAUGUGCACUAAGAUGCAUCUAGCCGGCAUGAGUUAACAUUUCCUUAAUGACUAAAUAAAUCUUUAACUGCUGUUUGGCUGUCAGGAGUACAGUGCAGGUAUGUUGUCUUAUAUCCUGUGGAAGCAGUGCUUUUAGACACAUUUCUUCUUUUGUCUUUUUCUCAAAAUCGAAUGAGCUGAAUAAAAUAAGCCGCGACAAAUUCAAAGUAAUAAUUCCACCAUGUAAAAUCUGCUUUGUGCAUAAACGCUAUUUCAUGAUCACUAUUGUAGAACUGGUACUGACCAGUGUCAAAUUAAUGGCAUGCCAAAUUGUAUCAAAGUUUAUAUCCAGUUUGCAAAAAAUAAUUACUGCAGUUUUAAACAAUGUAAGAAAUAAAUGAUUUCAUAUAUCAAGCUGA